AUGAGGGCAAUCACUUCGACUUAUCACCUCUUAAUGCGUUUCCCUACAGAGCAGGGCGUAGGCGAACUAAGAGGAGAUCAAACCACUGGCAGAGAAUGCUAUGUUGCGUCUCUGAGAGAAAAGAAGCAGCAAGAGGCUUUGGUUGUCGAAGAAAUUGAAGAACAGGAGCGAGAUCGAGCCAAGUCAAUUGAGGACCUGGUGGAGAUAUGCUUAAAUGACAAUGGCGUAACAAAAAAGGUGAAGAUAGGGUAUCUACUCCCCUUAGACUUUAUGAAUACUCUUGUACAGUUCCUCAGACAGAAUCAAGAUGUGUUCGCAUGGUCACAUGAAGACAUGCCUAGUAUUGAUCCAGCUACGAUCGAGCAUCGAUUAAACAAGGAUCCCACAGUCAAACCUAUCAGGCAAAAACGAAGAACAUUUGCCGCGGAGAGGAACAUGGCUAUAUCAGAAGAGGUGAACAAGCUUCUGAAAGCUGAUUUCAUCCAAGAGGUCAAUUAUCCUGACUGGUUGGCCAAUGUUGUUUUGGUAAAAAAAAGGCCAAUGGAAAAUGGAGAUAGAGAAAAGACCUCUUUUGUCACGGACAGAGGUUUGUAUUGCUAUAAGGUGAUGCCUUUUAGGCAUAAAAAUGCUGGUGUAACAUACCAGCGGCUAGUCAACUUGAUGUUCAAGAAUCAAAUCGGAAGGAAUAUAGAGGUAUAUGUGGAUGACAUGCUGGUAAAAAGCUUGAAAGCUCAAGACCACCUAGCUGAUCAAUAG